AUGCUCGGCCAUCAGUCCGAGGAGGCCUACCGUCGAAGCGCUGCCAACACGCUUCCCAACGAACUCCACCACCGGGCAAGUCGUGACGAUGAUGAGAAGCCCGAAGAGACAAACCCAGAACUCAGCACCUCGUCGAUAUCCCACCAUGGCGAUGGCGAUGGCGAUGGCGCCUGGGGAGAGCGCGAUGUCGGCGGGCCUGUCGACAGGGAGGCUGCCAUGCAGGAAUUCCAAGAGCUGCAACUAGGUCUUUCACGCUUGAGCAGGGAGAGAUCGACAGCAUCAAGACCAUCUUCACGCCCGGCUUCGAGGGCAUCUCGCGCCUCUCGCGCCACCAGUGGAGGGAGACCAGAUGGCUUGUUCAAGCGCUUGUCAGUUGCCGUGAGCAACGCCAUGGGCGAUGCCAAGCCUCAGGACCAGGAGGAAUCCGAGGACGAAGGCGAUAACAGAGACGUUUCGUCCAGCGAGCGUAACAGCGGCGACGACUUUCACCUCGAGCAGUUCAUGCGUGAUGGCCAUCUCGAGAAGCGCAACGAAGCCGGCGAGUCCACCAAAAAGGUCGGCGUCGUCUUCAAGAACCUCACCGUCAAGGGCGUCAGCACCGGCGCCACCUUUGUCCGAACCCUUCCCGAAGCCAUCCUGGGCACCUUUGGCCCUGAUCUCUACCGCAUUAUCGGCAACUACAUGCCCGCUUUGCGCUUCGGCCGCCAGCCCGAGCUUCGCACGCUUCUCCACAACUUCACUGGUGUCGUCCGUCAUGGAGAGAUCAUGCUUGUCCUUGGUCGUCCAGGCAGCGGCUGCAGCACCUUCCUCAAGGUGGCCGCCAACAACCGCGGAGAUUACGCUGCCGUCGAGGGUGAAGUCCACUAUGGCGGUAUCUCCGCCGAAGAAGUAGCCAAAAAGUACCGCGGCGAAGUCGUGUACAAUGGCGAAGACGACAUUCAUCUGCCCACCCUCACCGUCGAGCAAACACUCAAGUUCUCCCUCCUCAACAAGACCAAGAAGCGCCUGCGCGGCGACGUGGAGCUGAUCAUCACCGCUCUGCUCAAGAUGUUCGCCAUGUCGCAUACCCGCCACACCAUCGUCGGUGACGCCUACGUUCGCGGCGUGUCAGGUGGCGAGCGCAAGCGUGUCUCUAUCCAGGAGUCGCUGGCGACCAAGUCGUCUGUCGUCUGUUGGGACAACUCCACCCGUGGCCUCGACGCUUCUUCUGCUCUCGACUAUGCCCGCUCGCUGCGCAUCAUGACCGACGUCAGUGACCGCACCACCAUCACCACGCUGUACCAAGCUGGCGAGGGUAUCUACGAGCUGAUGGACAAGGUUCUUGUCAUUGACGAGGGCAGGAUGCUCUACCAGGGUCCGGCGUCCAAAGCCAGACAGUACUUUAUCGAUCUCGGUUUCCACGCGCCCCCUCGCCAAACCACCCCCGACUUUUUGACCUCCAUCUGUGACCCCAACUCUCGCCAGUUCCGCCCCGGCUGGAAAGACCGCUGCCCCAAAACGGCUGAAGAACUCGAAAAGGCUUUCCUCGCCAGCGAAGCCUACCAAGACGUCCUCGCCGACGUUCGCGACUACGAAUCCCACCUCCAAGAAACCAACCACGCCGACACCCAUGCCUUUAAGGAGUCUGUUGUGUCGCAAAAGUCCCGCCGUGUCUCCAAAGAGUCCAACUACACCGUCUCUUUCUUCAAGCAAGUCGCCGCCUGCACGCGCCGCGAGGCCUGGCUGGCUUGGGGCGACAAGCAGGAACUGCGGACCAAGUUCUUCAUCAUUAUUGGCUGCGCUCUUGUCGUCAGCUCUCUGUUCUACGAUUCCCCCUUGGAUACUUCCGGCGCUUUCAUGAGAGGCGGUACCACCUUCUACAGCAUCAUCUUCCUCGGCUGGCUCCAGAUGGGAGAGCUGAUGAAGGCUGUCAGUGGACGGGCGGUGGUGGAAAGGCACAAGGCGUAUGCUUUUUACCGACCAUCGGCUGUUAAUCUCGCUCGCGCAAUUCUCGAUUUCCCCUUGUUGCUCAUCCAGGUCAUCGUCUUCAGCUUGAUUGUCUACUUCAUGACGGGGCUGGACCGCGACCCGGGCAAGUUCUUCACCUACGUCCUCUUGAUCUUCACGACCACGUACUGCCUGACCGCCUUGUAUCGCAUGUUUGCUGCUCUAAGUCCCACCAUCGACGACGCAGUGCGGUUUGCCGGGCUGGCUCUCAACUUGAUCGUCAUGUACUGUGGCUACGUCAUCGCCAAGCCCGUCAUGCUCGGCCAGAAGAUCUGGUUCGGCUGGUUGUACUAUGUCAGUCCUGUCGGCUACUCGUUUGAGGCCGUCCUGACCAAUGACUUCCACGGAAGGCAGAUGCAGUGCUCGCCGGGUAUGUUGGUGCCCCAGGGCCCUGGCGUCCAGCAGCAGAAUCAGGGAUGCACGCUGCCGGGUGGUAUGCCGGGGGAUGACACGGUGAACGGGGAUGCCUAUCUCGCCCAGCAGUUCCAGUACACGAGGGGACACUUGUGGAGGAACUGGGCGGUCAUCAUUGCCUUUUCUGUACUCUAUCUGCUGGUUACCGUGUUGGCGACUGAGAAGCUGUCCUUUGUUGGUGGUGGCGGCGGCGCGCUGGUGUUCAAGAAGACUUCCAAGGCCAAGAAGAACUUGACGCUCGGCAACCAAGGCCAGCAUGACGAAGAAAAGGGCAGCUCGAGGGGCUCCUCUACCGACGAUAUCGGCAAGAAAACGCCCCAGGGCCCAUCUCGCAAGGAUAUGGAUGGCACCAUCGAAAAGUCCCAGAAGGUCUUCACGUGGGAGAAUGUCACUUACACCGUUCCCACGCCCCAAGGCCCCAAGCGUCUGUUGAACAACGUCACUGGCUACGUCAAACCAGGCGUCAUGGUCGCGUUGAUGGGUGCCUCGGGAGCCGGCAAGACGACCCUUCUCAACACGUUGUCUCAGCGCCAAACCGUUGGUGUCGUCACUGGCGAUAUGCUCGUUGACAGCAAGCCCCUUGGACCCGAAUUUCAGCGCAGCACCGGCUUUGUCGAGCAAAUGGACCUGCACGAUGAGUCCACCACCAUCCGUGAAGCCCUCGAAUUCUCGGCCCUCCUGCGCCAAUCCCGCGACACUCCCCGGGCCGAAAAGCUUGCAUACGUGGAUAGCAUCAUCAACCUCCUUGAGCUGGAAGAGAUUCAAGACGCCAUCAUUGCUUCCCUGGGAGUCGAGCAGAAGAAGCGGUUGACCAUUGGUGUUGAGCUGGCCGCCAAGCCUUCGCUCUUGCUGUUCCUUGACGAGCCCACCAGUGGCUUGGAUUCGCAGUCGGCCAUGUCCAUCGUCCGCUUCCUGAGGAAGUUGUGUGCGGCUGGACAGGCCAUCAUUUGCACCAUCCAUCAGCCCAGUUCCGAUCUGAUCCAGGAGUUUGACAAGAUCCUGGCCCUGAACCCUGGCGGUAAUGUCUUCUACUUUGGUCCCGUUGGCGAAAACGGCUCUUCGGUCGUCAACUACUUUGCCGCUCGGGGUGUCGAGUGUCCGCCGGGCAAGAACGUGGCCGAGUUCCUUCUCGAGACCGCCGCGAAGCCGCACAAACGAAAGGGUGAGGAUGGGAAGAGCAGGAGGAUUGUUUGGGCGACGGAGUGGAAGGAGAGUGAAGAGUACCGUCAAGUCCUUACCGAGAUCAGCCAGAUCAAGAAAGCCCGGGCCUUGGCCAACCAACUUAGCCUCGCCAACGACCAAGCUCAGCCUGUCCAGCACGAGUUCGCAGCGCCCAUUCCCACGCAAGCCUGGCUCCUUACCAAGCGCAUGUUCAUCCGCCAAUGGCGCGACCCCUCGUACCUCUACGGCCGUCUGUUCAUUUGCUUGAUCAUGGGCAUCUUCAACGGCUUCACCUACUGGAAGAUUUCGUCUCCACACUAUUCCCGCCCGCUCUCCCUCACCGACCUCCAAAACACCCUCUUCACGGCCUUCCUGAUCAUCAUGAUCCCCAGCACCGUCCUCAACGCCGUCCUGCCCAAGUUCUACAUGUCCCGCUCUCUCUGGGAAGCGCGCGAACACCCGUCCCGCAUCUACGGCUGGGUAGCCUACUGCACCGCUGAGAUUCUCUCGGAGAUCCCUGGCUCGGUCGUGGCUGGCACCAUUUACUUUUUGGCAUGGUAUCUCCCUACCGGCUUGCCCCGCGGUGCUGGCUCCACCGAGUCAGAGUCAGCAGUCUACGUCUGGCUGAUGAGCGUCGCCUUCAUGGUCUUCAUUGCUAGCUGGGGCCAGUGGAUUUGCGCUUUUGCUCCCUCUUUCACCGUCAUCACCAACGUUUUGCCGUUCUUCCUUGUUAUCUUUUCACUGUUUAACGGCGUCGUGGUGCCGUGGCAACAGAUGAACGUUGCAUGGAAGUGGUGGUUGUACUACAUCAACCCGGCGACGUACUGGAUCGGCGGCAACAUGGCUGCCGUCCUUCGAGGACAGACUGUCCACUGCGCUGAUAACGAGAUGGCUGUGUUCCGCCCGCCGGUGGGAGAGUCGUGCCAGAGCUUUGCGGGUACUUGGUUGUCUGAUGUGGGCAAGGGGUACUUGACGACAAUAGGAGUUGGUAACGAUGGCGGGUUUGAGUGUGGGUAUUGUCCGUAUGCGGACGGCGAGGAGUACUUGGCCAGUCUGAACGUGAAGUCGAGCCAGAUGUGGAGGAACUUUGGUAUUUUUGCGGCGUUUUGUGUCUCUAACUGGGCGCUCGUGUACUUCUUCAUCUACACUGUCAGAGUCAAGGGGUGGUCAUUCGGCUUUGGCUUUGUGGCAAGCGUUGUGGGAGCGGUGGUUAGCACUGUGAAGGAGAGUGUGGAGGGUCUGUUUGGGAAGAAGGAGGAGAAGGAGGAAAAGAAGUGA